AUGUCUGCCCUGUGGCUGCUCCUUGGUCUCCUUGCACUGACUGGUGAGUCUGAAAGCAGCAAUUGGGGGUGCUAUGGCAACAUCCGAACCCUGGACACCCCCGGAGCGUCUUGCGGGGUUGGAAGACGUCACGGCCUGAGCUACUGCGGAGUUCGGGCUUCUGAGCGGCUGGCGGAAAUAGACACGCCGCGCCUGCUGAGACAUCAGCCCAUGAUGCGCGCUGUGGGCCAAAGGUACUGCGUGGAUCCCGCGGUGAUCGCUGCCGUCCUGUCCCGGGAGUCUCAGGGUGGCGGCGUUCCGGUCAACGUGGGCACGGUGCACGAUGGAAUCGGAGAGGUGCAGGACCCUGCCGCACAUGCUCGCACACCUUGGAUCAGCGAGCCCCAGGUUUCCCGCAUGACCGAGACUCUGACUGCUAGAAUCAAAGAAAUCCAGAGGAGGUUUCCCACCUGGACUCCCGACCAGUACCUGAGAGGUGGGCUAUGCGCCUAUAGUGGGGGUGCUGGACGUGUCCGAAGCAGCCAGGACCUGAGUUGUGAUUUCUGCAAUGAUGUCCUUGCUCGAGCCAAGUACCUCAAGAGACGUGGCUUCUAG